AUGAGCGACGGCGACGACGAGCCCAGCGUACGAAGGGCGAUUCGCGCCGCGCUGGAAGCGAACGUGCAGAAAACGAAAUGUCCAGCGGUGUUGCGCCUGGUGUUUCACGACGCGGGGACGUACUUGGCGAGCGCGAAGGAUGGAGGGAUGAACGCGAGCGUGCGGUACGAGCUCAACCGACCGGAAUCGUUUGGUUUGAAGCGAGGAUUGAACGUGGUGAAGAGCGCGUAUGACGCCUUGGAUGACACCGCGGCCGCCGGCAAAGUAUCGUUCGCGGACAUGAUCGCGUGCGCGGGGGCGUACGCGGUGGAGUUCACGGGUGGACCGGCUUUCCUGGAGCGCGUUCCGCUCGGUAGAAUCGACGUCGAGACGGCGGAUCCGGAAAAUAGAAUGCCGGAACAAACUUUGGGCGGGAAAGAGAUGCGCGAACAUUUCGCACGAAGUGGGAUCACGACCAGAGAUAUGGUUGCCCUCGCGGGGGCGCACACGAUCGGAGGAAAAGGUUUCGGCGACGCGUACACAUUCGACAACGCGUACUACGCCACCCUCGCCGCCGACCCUUGGCACAAGGCGAACAUGACCAAGGACGAGGCCGAGAUGGCUGAACACAUCGGUUUACCGAGCGAUAAGUACAUGCGAGAAGACGCCGAAAGUAUGGAGUGGAUUCGGAAAUAUGCCAACGAUCAGGACGCUUUCUUCGUCGAUUUCGUUGACGCGUACAUUCGACUCGCCGCACUCGGUGCCGAGUUCGCGUAG